AAUCAAACUUCUAUCAUACUCAAUUCUCGUCCUUCUUUCCUUCGUAUGUUAAACUCUAGUAGGUAAAAUUUCUAACCUUGGCCACUUAUAUAACUAUUUGUGUUGCAUGUUCCGUAAAACUCUUACUAAAACUAAACAGAACCGGCAAUUCGACACGGGAUGGGCACAUGCACAUAAGCCCCGCCCUCCACAGCGGGUUAUCCAAUCACUACGCACACUGCACACGGCGUGCCUCGUGUCAUAGCAGCAAGAAAGAGCCCAAGAAGCCAUUUUCUAACGUUUCUGUUGAAAAUAAUCUUCGCUUGUAGGGAAUAUUCGUUUGAUUGUGUACUUCUGAAUAAUUCUUAUGUGCAUUUGAAUAUUUCUUGUGUUCAUUGGAAGAGUUUGGAACAUUUUCUGUGUGGGGAAAAAGUGUGAUCUUUGGUCUCCUUAAACAAGGGAAACCUGUAUUGAACUGUGCGCUGCAAGACGUUUGUUAUACAACUUGUUUGUUAAAUCUUGAUGUCUGCUCUCUUGUUGACCAAUUCUGCUUGGUAAACCUGAUUUCUUUUAAAAUACAAACAAUUGUCUGAAUUGUAUCACAUUACUAAGUUGUCCAAAUCAAGAAAACGUAUUCCAAGUGUUGGACAAAGAGAGUAUGUCACACAUCACAUGAUGUCUAACGCCCAACCAAAGCAUCGCCGAAAAGGCACUCCAAGAUGGUCGAAAAAAAUGAAGAAGAAAGCGGUGCUCAGAGGAGUGGUGGAUAAACUAUGGGAGAGGCAGGAGAGAUUGACAGAAGAGAGGAAAGAAAACCAGGUGGAAUGGACAGAGGGGAACGGAGAGCCUGUACCGGGGACCAAGUGGCAGAGAGAGAACAAUCUGGAGGAGAUUAAGAUGUACGCAGAGAGAGCCGACUACUCUUUGGAAUGUGACCAACAAGCAGAAAAACAAGACGCGAACAAGAAAAACCAAACGACCAACCCUGCCAAACACCGGAGAAAGGGAGAGAAACCCUCCCGUGUGACAACCCCAAAUGUCGCUGCCCUGUACGGCCCUGGAGUACCUCCCCCUGACAAACGCCAAAAACAAGGACCUCCGACCCACCAGUCAUCGGCCGACCCCAGCGACCUGGAGAUCCGACCUCCCCCCAGCUCGGAGGUCCCACCUACCCCCAAACUAGCGGUGUCUACCCUACCUCCCCCCAGCUCGGAAGUCCCACCUACCCCCAAACUAGCGGUGUUUACCCUACCUCCCCCCAGCUCGGAAGUCCCACCUACCUCCAAACCCUCCCGUGUGACAACCCCAACUGUCGCUGCCAUGUACGGCCCUGGAGUAUAUCCCCGUGACAAACGCCAAAAACAAGGACCUCCGACCCACCAGUCAUCGGCCGACCCCAUCGACCGGGAGAUCCGACCUCCCUCCAGCUCGGAGGUCCCACCUACCCCCAAACUAGCGGUGUCUACCCUACCUCCCCCAAGCUCGGAAGUCCCACCUACCCCCAAACUAGCCAAGGCAAUCUCAUCUUCCCCCGAGUCACACGCCCCAACAACAGCGACAACAGACUGGGUCCAUCCGGAGGAAAAUCUCAGUGAUGUCAUCAGCCGACGGGAAGUGUCGUCCACCCCUCCUCCCUUGGACAAGAAGAGUUACUCCAAACGGAGGCGGGCUGCUGCCGUAGAAAUGUAA